UUGUCUAUCAGUCACGCAGUACACUCGGGAUCAACUGCAUCCCUUAAUAGGUUUCUAGUCGGUGGUGCGUGGACAGUACUUCCAGAACCGGGCUGGCGAAGAGAAUCUCACAUUGCUUAAUCAAGGGUGCACUUUCAAAACCGAGCGGUUACUUAUAAAUGUGUAAACAGAAUCUGCCACUGUUUUGGAAAUCGAUUUGCCUGUAAAUCAGAGUUAUGAACUGAAGAUAAUGCUAUUUCUAAAUGAAGUUGCCAUCGCUUGUUCGACCACUUUUUUUCUCGUGACCAGAUUUUGCUACACCAGAUGCCCUCAGUGAUUUGGAACGUGACUGAGGCUCUCAGUUUUUCGUCACUGUAAACGAAAAAUUCUUUGUCGUAUUUACGGCAGAAAAAAAUGCUUGAGAAGUUGGAAACAAACUCGAAUUAAAGUGAUUAAGGGGACCGAAAGAUUACCUAACCAGAUAAGCCAGUUUCUGACGAUGUUGCCAAACUCCAACUAAAUUUCUUUGAAGAGGAGUCGGUAAUUACCGUUUAUACUAACAUUAUUUCGCUGAUACUACAGUCCAACAGGAAAGUCCAGAAUGGAGGCCCAGGUGACGAAGAGGCAGUAUGUCACUGUUGGCAUCAUCUGCUUCAUAAACCUUAUCAAUUACAUGGACAGAUACACUGUGGCAGCAAUACUCUUCGACAUCCAAGGCAGCUUCGGCAUAGGAGAAGCGGAGGGGGGACUCCUGCAGACCGCUUUCAUCUUCGCCUACAUGAUCAUGGCUCCCCUCUUCGGCUGGCUGGGUGACCGCUACAACAGGAAGUGGCUCCUGAGCGUUGGCAUCCUCUUCUGGAGUCUCGCCACCCUCCUGGGGUCUUUCAUGCCGGACUAUGUUUCCUUCUUGGUCCUUCGUUGCGUGGUUGGUGUUGGCGAGGCGAGUUACACCACCAUUGCGCCAACAAUUAUUUCUGACCUCUUCGUUGGAGAUAAAAGGUCGAAAAUGCUCGCCAUUUUCAAUUUCGCCAUUCCGGUGGGAGCGGGCCUGGGCUACAUAUUGGGUUCGGUGGUCCUGUUUGCAGGAGGGCAUGGAAUGAGCGAUGAUGACCGCAUCGCGAAAGAAGUGUGGAGGUGGGGUCUUCGGGUGACUCCUUGGAUGGGCGUCAUUGCUGUUGUAAUGAUAAUUUUUCUGCUGGAAGAACCCACCAGAGGCAAAUGCGAAGGAGGUCAAAACAUUAAGACAACUUCACUACUAGAAGAUCUGAAGGAUCUGGUAAAAAACGAAGCUUUCGUGUUGAACACCUUGGGAUUCACGGCCGUUAGUUUUGUUAUGGGGGCCCUGGCUUGGUGGGCGCCGAACUUCAUUAGUCUAGGAGUCGAUGUGCAAGAGUCCAGCAAUGUCCCUAAGGAAUAUGUAUCGGUCAUAUUUGGGGCAGAAUCGAUGAUAUCCGGUCUGAUUGGCGUCCCCCUGGGCGCGUACCUGGGGCGAAAGCUGCGUACGAGGUACCCGAAAGCGGAUCCUGUAGUAAGUGGCAUUGGAAUCUUAAUCGCUGCUCCCUUGAUCAUCCUGGCAACGUUCAUUUCGGAACGAAACACUCUCGUUGCCAUCAUUCUGUGUUUCUUCGGCCUCAUCUUCCAAAACCUCAACUGGUCCAUAGUUACUGACAUGAUGCUGUAUACAGUCAUUCCCACCAGAAGGGCGACUGCCAGCGCGCUUCUCAUCCUGGUAUCGCACAUGUUCGGAGAUGCUGGCAGUCCUUACCUGAUGGGCUUGAUGGCCGACGGCUUUGCGCAGUUGUUUCCCGCAGACAACACCACGAUCACGACUACAGAAAUCGCUGUGACCCUCACGUCGACAGCUACCUCAACCGACUCAAUUAUUUCCACUACAGCUAACCCUGAUGAUGGACGCGCUGAUUAUGUCAGAUUCAAGUCGCUACAGUACGCCAUGGCCAUAGUUACCUCCGUGGAUUUCAUAGGUACAAUCUUCUUCGUCUGGCUGGCGUUCUACAUCGUCAGGGCUAAAAACAGAGUUAUUGCCAUCGUCAAAGAUUCCAAAGAGGAUAAUCAUCUCGCCGAGAUCUCAGGACACGUCAAUGCUGCUUUCGAUUCUGGCACAACCGAAAGCACAACAGUCGACCAGCCAGAGAAGAUGAAAAAUGGAAUCGGUGGUUUAGGCAACACCAUCAUCCCAGAUGAAGGGAAGACAGGAACAGGAAGCCAAGACGAGUAGAAAAGGCGUCUAACUUCGAAUGUAUUUUCUUCGGUUCCUUGAAAAUAUAAGUCGUGUUUAUAAAGAAUCCUUGUUACUUGGGAAGAAUACUAAAUUUUAGAUAUAUAUAUAUAUAUAUAUAUAUAUAUAUAUAUAUAUGUAUGUAAGUAUGUAUGUGUGUAUGUGUAUAAAUGUGGAAGUACAGAUUCAGAAAAUAAUAUUUAUUCGUGAUGUGUUGUAAUCUAAAGUUUAGAAAUGUAAGUGACAGCUUAACAUCAGGACAAUCAGAGGUGGAGAUGAAGUUGUCUAUAAUUGAAAAGGUUUUCUUAAUCAAUUAGGAGCACUCUUAACCUGUGCAAAAUCUGCAAACAUUAACCAAAACAAUACGUUUACCAUGAAACUCCUGAAAUAUUAGCUUUAUUGAGUAUUCUGGCUCACCGUCCACUGGAACAUUAACGUAUUCUUUUCAGUCAUUAUGUUUUACAUUACUCAGUUUUAUAUUCUCGAUCUCGGCUUGAUAUGUGAAGUGAAUAAUUGCUAAAGAAACAAGACUACUAUUGCACCUGGUUGAUUAAAAGGUAUUUAGACCAA